AACACUAUGUGGUUUAAAGCCUCACCUUUCUUUGAAUGGCUCAACACAACAUCAUCAUCAUCUUCAUAUGACACCGCGAUGUUCUCUAAAGAACAAGAUUUCCCCAAUGAAAGGAUGCAAUGCCUACCCCUACUCAGUCGAUUACUCGACCAAGAUAAAAACGAUAGAGUUUUGAAGAUCAAAGAAGAAGACAUUAACGUCGAAAAAGUGACAGUAGCACUGCGCAUCGGUUUACCUAGUUAUAGUACAGAACCUGCAGAAGAUGUGGUGGUUACUGACAACUUUUUUGAUGAGUUUAAGGUAGAAGAUGGACAGAAGAAAUCAGACAUGAAGAUGAAGUUUAAUAAUGAACAUAACCAUGGGCACAACGUCAACAGUGAUCAUGAUCCAACAAGGUUUUGGAUACCGACAACAUCCCAAAUCCUUGUUGGACCUAUGCAGUUUGUUUGUUCCUUAUGUAACAAGACCUUUAAUAGGUACAACAACAUGCAGAUGCACAUGUGGGGGCAUGGUUCUGAAUAUAGGAAAGGACCAGAGUCACUUAAAGGCACACAACCAGCAGCCAUGUUAAGACUUCCAUGCUAUUGUUGUGUUCAAGGGUGCAAGAAUAACAUUAACCACCCCCGAGCCAAACCGUUAAAGGAUUUUCGCACUCUUCAAACACACUACAAGAGAAAGCACGGGGCUAAAUCGUUUACAUGCAGGAAAUAUUGUACAAAAAAGUUUGCGGUUAAGGGAGAUUGGCGAACACAUGAGAAAAAUUGUGGCAAAUUAUGGUAUUGCACUUGCGGAUCGGAUUUUAAGCAUAAAAGGUCACUCAAGGAUCACAUUCGCGCUUUUGGAAAUGGGCAUUCUCCACAUCCUUGUCUUGAAGGGUUUGAUCAUGAUGACAAAGAAUGUGUUACGGGUUCUGAGGAUGAAAUCGCACGUUAAUAGUAGUUGACCAACAUUCAACUAAUGAAACUAUUUAAGGUUUGAUGCUAUUAGCACUUUGAAGAUUGCUAGCAACAAUCAUUAGAGUUCUAGUAGAAUCAAUACUUUCUUUAAAUUUCACAUAUGAGUAUUGUUGUUGUAAUAAGGAAGGAAGAUCCUCUUAAAGCCUUGAAGUCCAUAAAUUUUCAUCUCUUUAUAAGUGAGAGGAAACAAAUAUGUAAAACGUCUCUCCUUGAUUAGAGAAAAUUUAUCGGCUUCAUAGCUAGCGGUUGAUCUCCACCAUUUGUAUUUGUAGUUUCGUUUUUCGUAUUUUGGUAAGAUACAAUUUUAGUUGUAAUGUUUUUCUUCUCUAUCAAGCAAUGUUGAGCUGCUAAAUUUAUUGCUAAUGUAUGCUUGUGAGAUUGCUUGAGGAGAUGUUUAUAAGACAA